CGUUGUAAAUAUCUUUCAAGCGUAAAUAUAUAUAUAUAUUCUGUUACUGGUCGUUGGUUUCAUACCCUUUGUUCGCCGUUCGAUUGAUCUAUCCAAGCCAUGGCUCCGCAGGAAACAUACUCGGCGCCAGUGUCUGGUGGCAACAGAACUAUGAAAGCAGUACGAUUCCACGGUGAAUUGGAUCUGAGAUAUGAGGAUCUUGCGAUCCCCAAGGUGGGAAAGGGUCAGGUGAAGUUGAGGCCAGCAUGGGUGGGCAUCUGCGGAACUGACCUUCACGAAUACCUCGAUGGCCCAAACAUAUGCCCAACAACACCACAUCCUAUAACUGGCGAGAAAGUUCCACUGACCCUCGGUCACGAAUUCAGCGGCGUGAUAGAAGAGGUUGGAGAGGGGGUGGACGACUACAAGCCGGGUGAUCGAGUGGUGGUGCAGCCAAUCAUCUAUGACGGAACUUGCGGUGCAUGCCUCGAGGGACUAAUAAACUGCUGCUACAGCAAUGGGUUCAUCGGAUUGAGCGGCUGGGGAGGUGGAUUGGCUGAGCAUAUCGUUGUUCCAACUUCAACGCUAUAUCGAUUGCCGGAUAAUGUGCCAUUGGACGUUGGAGCGCUCGUCGAACCACUCUCUGUUGGCUGGCAUGCGGUCAAGGUCAGCCCUUUCAAAUCCGGAGACUCGGUUCUCAUCCUCGGAGGAGGUCCUAUUGGUCUCGCGGUGAUCCAGGCCUUGAAGGCGCGAGGUUGUGAGAAGAUCAUCGUCUCGGAAGUGUCUCCUCGCCGGAAAGAAUUCGCAAAAUCGUUCGGCGCACACUAUGUUCUCGACCCGACCAAGGACGACAUAGUAACCGGAUGCAAAGAGCUCUGCGAGAAGCAGGGUGUGCAUGUCGUCUUCGACUGCGCUGGAGUGCAGGCGGGUCUCGAUCAAGCUAUCCACGCAGUACGCGCCCGCGGAACCAUCGUGAACGUGGCUAUCUGGGCGAAGCCAGCAGUAAUAAACCCGAACGACUUGGUGUUUAAGGAGAGGCACUACACUGCGGUCGCGACGUUUGUGAAGGGAGAUUUCCAAGAUGUCAUCGAUGCCAUCUCUGCUGGCAAGAUGAACCCAAAGAGUAUGAUUACAAAAAAGAUCAAGUUGAACGAGGUGGAAGAGAAGGGAUUCAAAACGCUCAUCAACGACAAAGACAAUCAGGUGAAGGUGUUGGUGGAAGUGAGUGGCGGAUUAUAACCGGACUUGGCUGCUGUGUUUCAAUUGGCAGGAUUUCUUGCACUGGUGUUUGGCAAAUUGAGCGAGUAUUGCUGUGUCGCUUUCAUUUCCUUCAUCUAGCGUAGGACUGUGCUAAGCGCAAAAUGUGACGG